AAAUAUUCUUCCGUUUCGCGCCUAAACUUCUCUCGAUGGACGAAGAAAUCUGGCAGAGAAUCCAUUUGUUAGUUUUUCGAUCGGUAUCAACUCGAAUCGUAGGAAAAGGAAUUUGUAUCAAUCUUUGAUUAAUAUAGGAUGGAGUCAAACGCGAAAGAGCCUUCUUUCCAAACUAAUAAUGAUUUCUCUUCAAAAAUGCCAGUCAAAGGAAAGAUGUAUGUUAUUAAGCGCAAUGGACGAAAGGAGGAUGUCCAUUUUGAUAAAAUCACUUCAAGAAUUGCCAAACAGUGUUAUAAUUUGGAUAUGAAUUAUGUGGAUCCAUCUGCUGUCGCGAUUCAAGUAAUACGUGGUUUAUAUUCUGGAGUAACUACAGUUAUAUUAGAUAAUCUGGCAGCUGAAACUGCAGCUACCAUGGCAACUAAUCAUCCCGAUUAUGCUAUAUUGGCUGCAAGGAUUGAUGUAUCUAAUCUACAUAAAGAGACUAAAAAGAGUUUUAGUGAGGUCAUACAUGACUUGUACCAUGCCAAGGAUCCUGUCACACAUCGUGAUACACAUAUAAUCAGUGAACAAUAUUACAACAUUAUUAAGAAUAAUGCGGAAAGACUAGAUUCUGCCAUAAUAUACGAUCGAGAUUUCAAUUAUAAUUAUAUUGGUUUUAAGACACUUGAGAGAAGCUACCUGUUGAAAAUUAAUGGCAAGAUAGUAGAGAGACCUCAACAUAUGUUGAUGAGAGUAGCUGUCGGUAUUCACAAGGAUGACAUUGACAAAGCUAUAGAAACAUACAACUACUUGUCCGAAAGAUACUUUACACAUGCUUCACCAACACUAUUUAACGCCUGUACUAAUAAGCAGCAAAUGUCCAGCUGCUUCCUUUUAACGCUUGACGACGAUAGCUUAAAAGGUAUUUAUGGUACACUAAAAAAAUGUGCGCUUAUUAGCAAAUAUGCUGGUGGAAUAGGACUCAAUGUACAUUGCAUUCGUACAAAAAGCACAGAAGACAAUACGGAUACAACCAACGGCUUGGUUUCUGUUUUAAAAUUGUACAAUGAUAUGGCUAUUUAUGUUGAUCAAGGUGGAAAUAAAAGACCAGGAGCAUUUGCUAUUUAUUUGGAGCCAUGGCAUGCUGAUAUCUUUGAUUUUCUAGAGCUUAAGAGAAACAUUGGGGAUGGAAAUAUGCGAGCUAGAGAUUUGUUUUAUGGUUUAUGGAUACCAGAUCUUUUUAUGGAACGUGUAUAUAAUGAUGAAACAUGGAGCUUGAUGUGUCCAUCUGAAUCUCCUGGCUUGGCUGAUGUUUGGGGUGAAGAAUUUAAAGAUCUGUAUACUAGAUAUGAAAAGGAAGGUCGCUAUAAAAAGCAAGUACAGGCCAGGGAUGUAUGGGUCGCCAUUCUCAGGGCGCAAGUAGAAACUGGAACUCCUUAUAUGCUUUAUAAGGAUCACUGCAAUCGAAAAUCUAAUCAUCAACACAUUGGUACAAUCAAGUGCAGCAAUUUGUGCACUGAAGUUAUUCAAUACUCCGGCCCUGGAGAAGUUGCUGUGUGUAAUCUGGCAUCUAUUGCAGUCAAUAUGUUUGUCAAUACGAAUAACAAGACUUUUGAUUUUGAUAAACUUAAAACAGUUGUAAAAAUCGUUACUCGUAAUUUGGAUAAAGUUAUCGAUGUCAAUUUUUAUCCCAUUUUAGAAACGAAAACAUCUAAUCAAAGACAUAGACCUAUUGGUAUUGGAAUACAAGGUUUAGCGGAUGCCUUCUUGUUAAUGCGGUUUCCAUUUGAAAGCCAAGAGGCAAAAGAACUUAACAUCAAAAUCUUUGAAACUCUUUAUUAUGGUGCCUUGGAAGCGAGUUGUGAGUUAGCUGCGGAAAAAGGCGUUUACGGAACAUAUAAAGGUAGUCCAGUUAGCAAAGGGAUCCUCCAGUAUGAUAUGUGGAACGUUAAGCCAACAAAUUUAUGGGAUUGGAAUGAAUUGAAGAAGAAAAUCGCAAAGCAUGGAGUAAGAAAUUCGCUUUUGAUUGCACCUAUGCCAACGGCGUCGACGGCACAAAUCUUAGGGAAUAACGAAUCUAUCGAACCGUACACGAGUAAUAUCUAUGUAAGACGCGUAUUGUCGGGAGAAUACGUCAUGGUCAAUCCUCAUUUAUUGCGAGAUCUAACAGCCAGAAAAUUAUGGGACAAGGACAUGGAAAAUGAAAUCCUUGCAAGCUUUGGAUCCGUUCAAAACAUUGAACGUAUUCCUGAUGAUCUGAAAGCACUCUACAAGACUGUAUGGGAGAUACCGCAAAAAGUAAUUCUCGAAAUGGCGGCCGAUCGUGGAGCUUUUAUCGAUCAGUCGCAAUCUCUGAAUAUUCAUAUAGGGGACCCAACAACUGAGAAACUCACAUCAAUGCAUUUCUUUGGUUGGAGAAGCGGCCUAAAGACUGGCAUGUACUAUCUGCGAACAAAGCCAGCUGCAAAUCCUAUACAAUUUACAGUGGAUACAUCUAAAUUACGAAUUAAUGAUUCCAUAUCUAACUCAUCCACUAUCACUAAUAGCCCCGUUCAGUCCCCCAAGAAAAAUGAUGCUAAUGAUGACAAUGUUGAAAAACGAAAUCAAUUAAGUCAAGAAGCGAGUAAAAACUUAGAAACGAUGUUCGUUUGUUCGCGUAAUAAUGGAGAGGAUUGCAUGUCGUGCAGUUCAUGAACGACAUUAUCUUUUCUCGAACAUUCUCUCACAUCAGAUAUAUAUGAAAUGUUUUCUAUUUUUGUAAAUUAUAUAAGCAUGUUUUUUUUUCCACAUAUCAAGAAUUCUAAAUUUAAUUAUAUCUAAUAAGAUGUUAUUUGGUAGACAUCGGCGCACGAAUCAAUAAAUUUAAAUUAAAUUUGUUUAAUAUU